UUAGAGACAAAAUCACCAGAUACAAACCGACUUGUACAGAAUUAGAGAAUAAAUCACUGGAUACAAACAGAGUUGUUCUGAAUUAGAGGCAAAAUCACAGGACAUAGACGAACAUUCUACAGAGAAAUGAAACCAACAUGACAUCACAAGCCUGUGUCUUUUAUCUUGUAAAUCUGUUUCUUUCAUUAAUUCUGUUUUAUUCCGGGGAAACGUAUUCCAAUGGAACCUUUCAAUGGAUUCCGCGAGGAUGGGAAGGCCUACCUCUUUAUUGUCCAAUUGACUGCAAAGACCCCGAAUUUGCCGGACCGUCGAUAGAAACCUGUUGUGCCUGUCACUCUAAAAGUAUUCUUGAUUACAACAACAAUUUCUCUCACCUGAACAUUUCAACAAACGGAUACCUGGAAGGAAAUACGUCUGCUAAUAAUAUAGCUCUGGAGUAUCCCUACAGGUAUUUAAAAGUUUUUCCAAAGAAUAUCUGUGACUUUCCAGGAAUUACAAAGAUCAAUUUUUCUUACAAUCUUAUUCUAGAAAUACCACAUCUUACCUGCCUCCCAAAUUUGACACACCUGGAUUUGUCUUGGAAUUUAAUUACAGUUUUACCGCAGAUUUCACUGACUGAAAACAGGAAUCUGAGAUUUGUUAAUUUGUCUCAUAAUGCCAUUAGUUAUACUGACACGGGGGCUCUGGCAUUCAUGGCUUUUCAUUCUCUUAAUUUAAACGGAAAUCUACUCACUUCUGUCGACAUCACGGAUUUUGUCUUUGAAAGACCAUUUUGUAAAAUAGACUUAUCAAAUAAUAGUCUGACCAUGGCUACAAACAAAUUUAAUUGGAAUAUGACCUUGAAUAAAACAUAUGGUCCAGGUCACGUAGAUUUCUCACACAAUCAAGUCAAAGAAUUUCCAGAUGUAAGAAAAUUGGGCUUUACGAAUAUCCUUGAUUUGGGAAAACUUUAUCACUUUGGGUUUGAUUUUAGAUUCAACCCUUUGAUAUGCGAUUGUAGAAUUGCCAAACCUGUAAUGUAUUUUAAGUCAUACAUUCAGAUAAUGUCGAGAGACUACUUCAGUAUCACCUGUGGGUCACCAGAUUCCUUUCGAGGAAAAACGAUACCAGGUAUCAUAAAGAAUGGACAAAUAAAAGACUUGAUUUGUAAUUAUACCUCAAUAUCUGUAUGUCCCCCAGGGUGUUCAUGCAUUGAAAGACCAAAAAUAAGGAGAUUAUCAAAAAAAGAAAUGACAAUUUCGCUUCAAAUGAAAUGUACAGGAGCUCGACUGAAACGUCUUCCCCAUAUCCUACCUGAAAGUGAAGAAAUCGAGUUCUUUUUGAGACGGAACCCAAUUCAAGAAAUUACAAAUGAACAUUAUUUAAAACGAGUCACUGUUCUUGAUUUACCAUUUAUACCUUCGUUUGAAAUGGAAGCCUUGGAAAAAUUUACUCUCCUGCAAGAGUUCUCAAUCCCAAGAACCCAGCAAGUCCACGGAAUUCCUCGUUUACUUUCUUUCUUGGAUCCGUGUGUAUUUCUUCAGCAGGGGAAUUUUGUUAUGAAUUGCACCUGCUCACAUUAUUGGAUGUACGACUGGAUUCGUACAAAAGAAGCUAAUAAUUGCUCGUCUCAUUCCUUUUAUUGUUUCGAAGGAGGUAAAGAAAAUUUAUUGACAACGUAUCUUUCACGCCUUGAUUGUAAGAUCCCUGGUCAAGAGCCGAAUUACAUUCUCCUGUUGUCCGGUUCUUCAGCAUUUGUGUUUGCAUUUAUCAUCGUCAUUUUUGUGCACAUUUAUAAGUUUGAAUUAAAGGUCAUUCUACGGUCUAGACGAUUAAUUACAAGUUCCAAGAAGACGUUGGACGAAGAUUGUGUUGUUUACAUUUCAUAUGACGAAAAAAUCAAAGAUUUAAAUUUGUGGCUCAAAGAGCGAAUCGAACCCUUCUUAAGACGCAAUGAACUAAGUGCAUUCAUCCCAACACGUGACUUGCCUCCGGGCUGUAUCAGAUGCGAGGAGACUGCCAGACAGAUUUCUGUCUCUAGAUACUACAUCGUAUUCCUGUCCGACGAUUACUUACACGAGGACUCCCUACAGACCGGAAAUGAGUGGAAGUGUAUCUGGAACAGUUACUUGUCCGACUGUAGGAAGGAAUUAGUGAUCAUUAACUACGAUAUGAUGAACAUGGCAGAUGUUCCAUGUAAAAAAAUCAGAGCAUUCAUGCGUUUUGGGGAUGUAGUGGAUUUUGCUUCAGGGGAAAAGAAAAUAUUCUGCAAGAUUUUGGACAAGUUUCUAACAAAUCAUUAACUUCUAUAUAUUUAACUUUAUCUUUUAAUUAAAUGAUUGGUUAAAUACUUCUUAUGUUUGAAAACAGGCGGAACCCCAUAACUUGGAUCAAUUAUUAACCUUUUAAUCUGAUAUUAUCUGUCAUAGAACGGCAUGGUCAGGGAAAAUAGUGAAAGAAUAAUUAUAAGAGUACCAUUGUUAUAUUUUGCAAUAAAUCAAUAUUAGGGUUUUAAUU